GUACAAACACAUCAAUCUAUAGAGCUUCAGGCCCAAUAGCCCGAGCUUGCCGACGUUGUUCGCCGUGGAUUCAUGUUACGCCGCCGCUGGCCCGCCGGUGACGCCCCUGAUUCCCCCCUCCAUUUCCUGCCGUGCUCGUCCCCCUGCUGGCGCCGCUGCAGCCUCACCGCGGCCGUCUCCCGACACGGGGGAAUCCCCGAGCAAUCGUUCCCCUCCAGCCCCGUGGAGCCGCUCGGAAGCAGCGGUGGCUAGGGCGGCGAUUGCGGGACCCUGGUAGUGAUUGCUUCCCACGGUGCAGCACAAACUCUCGUCAGAUAUGGCGGAGGUCGGCGACGCGUGCGUGCGGCUGUGGGCGCCCAUGAGGGAAAGAGUUGGUGAUGUUAUCUUUGACGGCCAAGUAUGCGAAUUUGGAGGCUUACCAGUGCACAUUGACCUGUUCUGCCUACUACCGGGACAGAGGCAAGCGAACGCAGCAGACUCGUUGCUGUACCGGCACUGCCCGCCGCUCGAGCUGCAGGCGGAGCAGUCCCCGACGGCUGUGCCUGACCACUCCAUCAGGAAGCCAGCCUUCAGCAUGGCGGUAGUCCGCCACUGUCGCAUUCGCCGCCUCCGACCUGAGCACUGGCAGGUAUGCAUAUGUUCAGCUCCCUACAGGGAUCACCGGUGGCGUGUCCCGGUCGUAGCUCCCACCAAGAUAUGCAGAUAUGGGCCUGCUGCAUCCCGCGGUGGCAUUCACGAACUAGGGCCCGCGUGGUUCGGUCCCGUUGCAGUUGUAGAGGAAGCACAGGGUGCGGUUGGUGCCGCUGAUACGGAACGGGUUGAGAGCCUGGCUGGAGGACAUGUUGAAGUCGGUGCGACAUAUGCUGUCUUCGCUGGUUGCGAUCCUGGUGUGGGAGGCCACGAAGGUGCUGGUGGCGUAGUUGAUGUGGAGGACGUGGACGGUAAAGCCUCAUAUGGAGGCCGACGUGGUGUUGGUGCCGUUGCCGGCGCACCAGAGCUCGUACGCCAGAUGGCCACAGGACGGCUCAGGCGGGUUUUGGCUCGGCGCGCUGAGCCAGAAUGGGUAAUUCACAGUGAGGUUCCCGCAUGCUGCUGGCUCACAAUCGGCGUGUGUUGUUGGGUGAUGGAGGAGGAACGGCAAGAUGAGUAG